AUCUGCUGCCAGACUAGUGCCGAACUGAAGGGACUAAGAUUCUACGGCAGCUGGAGGGCCCCUAGCCAGCUCAUCACAUUAGGCUAAGUGUUGAAAAUGGCUGAAAAUGGGGACAAAGAACAAAAGUUGGAUCUGGAUACAAAGAUCUGUGAACAGGUUGAAUACUAUUUUGGGGACCAUAACCUUCCUAGAGACAAGUUCUUAAAUCAGCAGAUAUUGCUGGAUGAUGGCUGGGUUCCCCUUGAAACCAUGAUCAAGUUCAACAGGUUGAGCAAACUGACAAAAGAUUUCAACACCAUCCUUCAAGCACUUAAACAAUCUAAGACUGAACUCUUGGAAAUCGAUGAAGAUAAAUGCAAAAUUCGAAGGUCUCCUGCUAAGCCCCUCCCUGAAUUAAAUGACGAGUACAAAAAUUCUCUAAAAAACAAAUCUGUUUAUAUUAAAGGAUUUCCAACCAGCGCAAAUCUAGAUGAUAUCAAAGAAUGGCUCAAAGACAAAGGUCCUAUUGAAAAUAUCCAAAUGAGGAGAACACUCCAGAAAGAAUUUAAGGGCUCCAUCUUUCUCAUUUUUAAUACAGAGGAUGAGGCAAAGAAGUUUUUGGAAGACAGAAACCGAAAGUACAAUGACAGUGAUAUGAUUAUCCUAUCAAAGGAAGAAUACUUUGCAAAAAAGAAUCAAGAGAGGAAGCUAAAUAAGUCUGAAGAAAAAGCCAAAUCAAAGCAGGAAAAUGAAGAAGCCCAGAAACAGGCUGAGGAUGCAGAAAGGAAACUGAUGGAAGAAAGGGUUGGCCGCCUCCUGAAGUUCUCUGGUGACUUGGACAAUAUGACAUCAAGAGAAGACCUUUCGGCUCUGUUUCAGGCUCAUGGAGAUAUUGAAUGGAUUGACUUUAGCAGGGGAGCUAAAGAGGGAAUUGUAUUAUUUAAAAUGAAUGCUAAAAAAGCACUGGACAAGGCCAUGGCUGCCAACAAUGACGACCUGAAGUUAAAGGGCAAGGCCGUAAAGUGGGAGCUUAUUGAGGGUGAUGCUGAGAAAGAAGCUCUGAAAAAAAUUAUGGAAGAUAAACAGGAGUCUUUCAACAAACGCAAAGGCAGAGAUGGAAGGAAAUUCAAAGGAAAAGGACGAGGCGGCAAAGGAAAUGACAGUUCUCAAAGGAAGAGAAUACAAUUCCAGGGAAAGAAGAAAAAAUUUGAUAGCAGUGAUGAGGAUGAUAUGGAAGAAUCAGUGAGUCCCCCGAAAGUGACUGCAAAGUCAGAGGAAUCGGCAGGGCCAAAAAAUGGAACAGAAGCUCCAGGGAGUCCAAAGAAGAGAUCACUAGAUGACAAGGCAGAUGACGGUCCUGCAUUGAAACAAUCCAAAACUGAAGCUGGGGAUCAGUAAUGUACUGUAAUGCCUUUGGUUUUUUUUAAGUUAAACUCCAGAUCCAGAUGGUCAGUUGAAAGCAAAUCUAAUGAAAUCCACUUCGAUAUCAACCUGCAAUGACAGAUGAUUUUUUUUUUUUUUGUUUACUUUAUUUUUGUGGGUGCAUGACAGUCCUGUAUACUGCUAUCCUGCACUUUAUUUUUAUACCUUUUGUUAAUACAAACAUAUGUUUCCAUGCUAGCAGCAAGGAUGAUUGCCAGUAAUCGCUAAACGGAUAUCCUUUUGACUUGUACUAAUGUAAAUGUUCAAUAAAAAGUGGUUCUAUUCUGGCUUUGUUUAACAUGG